CCGUGGCUCCCUCUCGCGCUCCCCUUCCUCGCCCGAUUUUCAUAUUACAGUCGCCCCCCUCGUCCUCCAUCGUGGGGAAAUGCAGGAAAGAGGAAGGAAAAUUAAAUAGGGAGCGAGGGGGGGCGCGCGGAAGGAAAGCUCCCCAUAGGAGAGUUAUUUUUGUUUGGGGGAGGAGACCCACACUGCGUUUUCCUCUCUGCUGCCUCUUUUUCCUCCUCCUCCCCCCACGUCCCCUUUACCCCUCGUCUCCCCGCAUUUGCCGGAGAGGCGAGAGCGGAUCGAGCAGCCUGGAAGCCGAAUGUGAAUAAGCAAAAGGGCGAGGAGGAGAAGGAGAGGGCCUCGGAUUUGUACAACCACCAUUAGGGGAGGAAGACGCGCCGCCGCCGCCGCAUCGCAGGCUGGAGAGAAGGAGGAAAAUCAGCCCAGCCCGGAACGCGGGACUCGCCUUUGCCUGCCAGCCGCCGCCGCGGCGGAAAGGUUAGCGGUGACCCUUUCGGGCGCUUCACCCCCUUCACAAGCGGCGCCUUGGAACGGGAAGUCGCGUGAAGGAGACGGAGAGAAAACGGGCAAUUCCAGGCAAAAAAGGCCGGCGAAGGAGGACAGACAUUGCUAGAGGCUCGGUGGCCCGGAGUUGGGAGGGUCUCUCCCCCCCCCGGCUUUCUGGAGCUUGCUGCUGCCUCGAUUCUGAAGGAUUAUAUGUAAAGGAAGAAGGAAGAAAGAAAGAGACUAUUUUGCUUUUAUUCUGUUCCCCCACCGCCGGCGGAGGUGGCGUGGAAGCUGGAGAUAUUUAAAGAAAAACCCACCCAGAUUUGGUAGUGGCUCUCACUGCGGGGUUUGGGGAGAGGAGGAGGAAAAGGGCAGCCGAUUUUUAACCCGUGAGCCUUCCCCCUUCGGGUGGCUGCCGACCCCCCUCCGUUCCCUGCUCUCCCUCCCUAAUUUUCUCCCCCCCUUUUGUGUGUGUGUGCGCGCUUUUUUUAAUUGGGGGGAAAAAAAACUGCAUUGCGAGCGGAUCUGGUGGCGGCGUGGGGGAGAAGGAGGUGGAGGCCCGGCUUGAGCAGUAGCAAAGUCAUCGCUCCCCCCCCUUCCCCAGCCCCCACCUCGUAGUAGGCUCCGGGCUCUCCAUGUCUUUGGGUAGCGACAGCUGUGCGUAAAAGAAUAAUAUUGAAAGGGGGGAAGGAGACUCAACGCCGCCUCCUCUCCAGCGACCCCCGAUCGCUUCCUGCUCCCCUCCUUCUCCCCCUCCCCAACCUCCCCCUCCCCCUUCAUUGCACCCCCCAAGAUGGGCUGUUUAGGGAACAGCAAGACUGAGGAUCAGCGCAACGAGGAGAAGGCGCAGCGAGAGGCCAACAAGAAGAUCGAGAAGCAGCUGCAGAAGGACAAACAGGUCUAUAGGGCCACGCACAGGCUCCUCUUGCUGGGUGCUGGUGAAUCUGGUAAAAGCACAAUUGUGAAACAAAUGCGGAUCUUGCAUGUGAAUGGAUUUAAUGCAGAGGAGAAAAAAAUGAAAAUUCAGGAUAUUAAAAACAAUAUUAAAGAAGCUAUAGAGACAAUAGUAACAGCGAUGGGAAACCUGGCACCUCCAGUUGAACUAGCUAAUGCAGAGAAUCACUUUCGAAUUGAUUAUAUAUUAAACUUAGCAAAUCAGAUAGAUUUUGACUUCCCACCAGAGUUUUAUGAACAUACAAAAACACUUUGGCAAGAUGAAGGUGUGAAAGCAUGCUAUGAAAGAUCUAAUGAAUAUCAGUUGAUUGACUGUGCACAGUAUUUCCUAGACAAGAUUGACAUAGUCAAGCAAAAUGAAUACACACCGUCUGACCAGGACCUUCUUAGAUGCAGAGUUCUGACAUCAGGAAUAUUUGAAACCAAAUUUCAAGUGGACAAAGUAAAUUUCCAUAUGUUUGAUGUUGGUGGGCAAAGAGAUGAACGUCGAAAAUGGAUCCAAUGUUUCAAUGAUGUAACGGCUAUAAUAUUUGUGGUAGCCAGCAGUAGCUAUAAUAUGGUUAUACGAGAAGACAAUCAGACCAACCGGCUUCAAGAAGCAUUAAACCUCUUCAAGAGUAUCUGGAACAAUAGGUGGCUACGGACCAUUUCAGUUAUUCUUUUCCUGAACAAACAAGACUUGCUAGCAGAGAAAGUUUUGGCAGGCAAAUCAAAAAUUGAAGAUUACUUUCCAGAAUUUGCUCGUUACACCACACCAGAAGAUGCAACACCAGAACCUGGCGAGGAUCCUAGAGUUACAAGGGCCAAGUAUUUUAUUAGAGAUGAAUUUCUUAGAAUCAGCACAGCCAGUGGAGACGGAAGGCAUUACUGCUACCCUCACUUCACAUGUGCCGUAGAUACAGAAAACAUUCGGAGGGUUUUCAAUGACUGUCGGGACAUUAUUCAAAGGAUGCAUCUUCGUCAGUAUGAGUUGUUGUGAUGGAGCGCACUUUUUCCUCUGUUUUGGACUCCUUGUUCCUUAUUAAAAAGAAAAAAAAACCUGGCUCACAUAGGGUGGAAGAGAACUGUUGCAGUCUCUCUCUGAUUUGCAUCCCUCAGUCUUUUUUCCUUGCUGGACAAAUAGCAGCAUUUCUGAGCUGUCUUGUUUCACUCCCUUGGAACAGCCUGAAAUAGUCCGUGAAAUGUAAAAGGCUAUUUCUGCGGUCAGGGCGAGGGUUUCUCUUAACCUGGUCAUUAACGAAACAAAAUCCAAGCGUGCAAACAAAAGAAUAACGCCCCAAGGGUGAAGCACCUGAGAGGAUUUGGGAUUUAAAUUAAAUACUAAAAAGCAGACAAAAACAAACAAAAAAAAGGAGGGAGAACUUUAGAUAAUCAUUACUGUUGUGGGCGUGAUCAUAUAUCCCAUGAUUUCGACUCUGUAUCCAUUCACUGCAUCCAACUAAAGAAGGUGCCACGUUGAAAGGGCAGCCGCUUCAGUUUGGUCCUUUGCCUCUGAAUGUGACUUUGAGUGGAAAUACUGACAUUUCUGCGGCCAACCUAGACCGUAGAAAACCAACUGCUACCUUCAAAAAGGUGUUGCCGAACCGUGGUGGUCCCAACUAACCAGAGAUGGUGCAAAAUGAACUGUAUUAUAGCCUGUGAUUGCAGAAAGAUUUAACCACACACUGUUUUCAGUUUGUCCACUGAUGAGAUUAUAUUUAUAUAUAUAUAUAUAUAUAUAUAUAUAUAUAUAUAUAUAUAUAUAUAUAUAUAUAAAAUAUAGAUAAGAAAUCUGGACUGUAGUCCUCACAAACUUUCCCUGUUCCCCUGUUGUCUUUCCCUUCUUCUCUUUCCUCUUGUCCUUCCUCCAUGCCUCUUUUUUUCCCCCCAGUUUUUAUUUUACUGCUGGAUUAUUAUUCUUGUACAGACUGUAAAAUGUAUUAUUUUGUACAACUUUAUUGAAAAAAAAAACAACUUGUAGAAGAUCUUUGUGCCUUGAUUAUGGCUGUACCUGUGCACUGAGCUAAGAUGUAAGUAUGUUUGAUUGCGCUGUACAGCUUUGUCAAACCUAUCAGCAGCAUUUGCUCAAGGUAGGGAAAAUUUAUCUGUAGUUUAGGGAUUUUUUUUUCUGGUUUAUAAAAAGAGGAGAAAAUACUGUUUAGUAUAUUAAAAAAAAAGUACAAAUCGUGCAAACUUAACCACUUUAAAAGUGAGUUCUACAACGAGUGAGCAGAUGUUUCAGCAUCAUGCUUUUUAAUUUUUAGCUUUAAUUCAUUUAAAUCUCUAUCCAAAUGCAAAACAUGGCUUGUUUCUACAUAAACCAAAUUUUGCUACAAAUUAUAAAUGUUAGUCUUUGUCAUUCAUAGUAUUUUUUUUUGUGCAAAAAGAUAAAAACAGAACAAAAAAAAAAAGCUGAUAUUAAUGCCACUGCACAGGCCUAGUGGCUAUCUUUAUGCUGGGCUAGAUACUUUUCCACCCAAUGCUAUUCCCUUACAGGCGUAAUGGUAAGAUGUACCUUGCCCCGGAUUUGGUCACUGAAUUUCAGUUUCUAAUGACAUUUUACUUCUCUUUUAAUAAAGAGAUAACUUAAAACAUUGUUUUAUAUUAACUAUAUAAGUAGCUUAAAGUGGAGACGUGUGGAUUUUUUUUCUUAAACUUGAAUAAUUUAUGCAAAUUAUAUGCUUAGGACAACAUGUGGUACAGUAAAAAAAAGCAAAAAUCACUGUAGCAAUAAGACAGCAUGUAAUUUUAGUAAUUAUUACACUGCUUUAUAUUUUAUACUUAGGUGUUUUAUGUCUUUGUGAGCAUAUUACUUUUUCAUGUGUCUAAACCUACCUGUACAAAUUUGUACAAAGUCUAAAAUUACAACUAUAAUAACACGUCUAGAACAGUGUUAGCCUAUUUUCCUCAAGCCCAAUCCUUUGCCCCUGAAGUAGGGGAACAUGGGUCUUAAUACAGCGAUUAUUUUUUAAAAUUGCCUUUUACACAUGUGCUUCUGUUUUCACAGGGCAUCACUUUAGCUUCCCUCUUAGGGAGGUUUCCCAUUUCAGAAGCUAUCCUGUGCCCAAAAAUGUCUGCCAGUGGCAGGGGCCUUUGUGAUACCCAGGAACUGUACGUAUUCCAGAUUAUCACAUGGGCAAGUGGAUAAUACAGAGAAAACGUGUUUCCUUAUCCAUUUUCACAUUUAAAAAACAUGAAAGGGCGGUGAUAAUUCAAUUUCGGUUUAUUGGGGCCAUUUGCCAAUUGUGAUAUAUUUCUCCCUGGUAGAAUAGGACCAAUUGCAAUGUCUUUUACAAAAUACACACUUUUCGGGGUUGGCCCUCCAUGCAUAAAUUUGGAGGGGGGGAGGCGAUCGGGGGAGGGAGUUUUUCCUUUCUGGUUUCUGCUACUGCAGCAUCCAAGAUCAACGAGCCACAUCAGAUUUUAAGAGCCAGCUUUGCCUCAUCAGGUGUAGGAGCUGAAGCUGUUAAACAGUUGGCAACCCUGACUGUGUAUCUGCAACAGGGCCUUUGGAUCUCAGCCUGUGUCUGCUAUUAAGUGAAUUUAAAUUGUCAGGUUGUAAUUCUAAAACAUUUUGAAGAGGAACUGCCUCGUGAGCAUUUGGAAUCAGCGGCAAAGUCUGACCCAGAAAUUUAUCUUUUAGCUGGUGCCUAUUGGGGUUUCAGGGGUACAGGCGCAGAAAAGCUAUACAUACAUGUAUGUGUAUGUAAAUGAACUCUCAGAUUCAUGUACACAGAAUAUGAAAUGUGAGCCUUAAUAUUUUUUUUAAACAAAAGCCAAAACUUUUUAAGUUUAGUGCCAAAAUUAUUUUAUUAUCUCUAAAUCCUAGGUAACGGAAGAAGAUUAAUGAUAAUCAUUAAACGAAGUAUUUACAAGGAAUGUAAUGUGUGAUCUAGGAAAAAAAAUAUUGCCUCAUCUUUAAAAUAAGGACAUUUUUGGUGAAUAGAUAAGUUUAUGUAAUAAAGUAUAUCUGCGUGUGUGCAUAUGCACACUUACACACAUCCCAUUAAAAAUACACUUCCUAUGAAGCUUUAUAUGAAUGGAAACAUUUGGCGUAAUUUAAAAAAUUGGGUUGUAGGGAGCAGUUCAGUUUGCACAUGUCUAGAAAGAAGAGUGUGUGUGUGUGUGUGUGUGUGUGUGUGUGUGUGUGUGUGUGUGUCUUUCUGCCUCUGUUAGCAUGUCUCUAAGUUUGUGCAAUUUGGUGGCCUGGUAACCACAAGUCUUAUUUUUAACAUUUUUCUUUGUUUUGUUUUUUUUAAUACAAAAAUCCCAUAAAGCUGCAACGCUUGCUAUUUAAUUCUGUGUUUUCUUCUGUCUCUAAUUUAGUUGCCUUAACUUUGGAGUUAGUUGAACUAUUUCAAUCUAAUCUUCAUCUUUUCCUUCAAUUUUACUUUCCUAUUUAUUUAUUUGAACUUUUCUGUUCAGGUCAUUACCAUGACUGAGGAGAAAACUAGCUUUUACCAGUUCAAGAAUUGCUGGCUUUUAACAACCAAUAUAGUUUUUCUUACUUUCUAAGUAUUUGUCCCAGUCCUAAAAAGCAUGAUGCCCCAUAGCAUUACCUCUUCUUCUAGUAAAACGAAAGUGGACUUUUAGGGUUACCUGUAUCAUCGAUAGUUACAGUAUCAGAAUGUGACAUUAUUAUCAAUAACAGCACUAUUAUGAAAAUCAGUAUUUCUUCCCAGCUACAUUUUUGCAGCUUCAACAUACGUAGGAUCCCCUGGUUUAAAUUCUUUCAGCUCCUUUGGAUGAAUUUAGGUUGCUGCUGUUUCAUGUUUUGCAAGUGUGUAAAUCAAGUGAAUUUAAAACAUAACAUGCCAUGCUAGUCCCCUACAACGUUGACUGACUACUUGACGUAUUUUGUAUAAAUAAUAAUAAAUUGUAGAGAUAUUUUCAAAAUUGAUCUUUGUAACAAAUGGAUGUUAAAAUACUGCACACUACCAGGAAUGGAAGGUGCUAUUUCUCCAGUUCUUUUUUAUACUAAGAUAAAUAUCCUGGAAAUAAAAGAGCAGGGAAUGCAAGGCUUUCUAGAAGCCACCCAAAUCAUUAAUGCUAACGUAAUGAACAAGCAAGAGCCACACUCAGUAAUAUCCCUUUUUUAUUCUCCCUCCCCUCCCCAACAUACUUUGCUAUUCUGUCUCAGUAGAAUAAAUUCUAAUCUGUUUUGGAGUGGCUUAAGACCAGAUUGUGGAGAAGUGGCUCCUACCUCAAAGAUAAGGGAUUAAUUAGAACUCACUGUUCUCUCUGGAGCAGUUCAAAGGAUGCUACCCACUCAAUUACAGUUAUUCUGCCUAUUUCAUAUUGCCCAAUAAGACCAUGGAAAACCCAUUGCAGCAGGAUCCUUAAUGAAGUCUUAAAUUGUUUUAAUACUCAUGUUAUGCAAAGCUUAUUGAUGGUUUAUAAUGCAGCUGAAUAAAACAAAAAUUGCAUUAUCACACUGCAUUCAAAUUAAACAUGCAGUUAUGAUAUUAAAAUAAAUUUCCGUGAACGGUGAUCAAUCAGAA